GUUGACAGUAUCUUCCAUCUCUUUCAUAUUUACAGUUUUGUCUGUGUACAGAAUUGCAAAACCUUAAAACCCUCGUUUACUUUCUCCGUAAAUCGAGAUGGUAUUGGGAUUAUUGGUAGGGUUAGGAAGAUCAAUGAGAAGAAAGAGGACAUCAUCUCUUUCUAUUCUCUCUUCUAAACGCGCUCCUAAAGAUUAUUACAAAGGAAAAAAUUGUAAACCUACUGGUUUUCAUACUCGCAAAGGUGGAUAUGUUGUUGUUGAUGAAAAAUUGCCAAAUUAUGUUGUUCCUGAUCUAACUGACUUCAAGUUGAAGCCAUAUGUUUCACAAUGCGCGGUAGAGGUGAAAGCUACGGAGGCUACCAAUGUUGCCAAGUGAAGAUGUGGCUAACUGAGCAAGUAUUCUAAUCGUUUUUUCUUCCCAGUAGGCCUUAAUUGAAUUGUAUUUUUAUCUAAAAAAUAAAUUGGAACUUAAAAAUGAAGAUUGUAUUGAUAAUUUGGAAUAUGUGUUCUCUUUUGUUGACUCAAUGAAUAUACUUUACUUCCCCAGGACUAGCCAACCAGGGCACUAGUUUUUGCUUGCAUGUAUCAGAGAAAG